AUGGCGGCUCCCGGAUCAAUUACUACUGUUCCAGAAAAGACAUCCAAAUUGGUUACGAGGCAAUACCGACUCGUUCAGGGAAUUAUUUGCUCAUGGUCAUGGGCUACACUUAUUCUCAGCACAGCAAACUUACGUCCAGUGUUCACAACAUCCGCGCGUGGAGCGCGGAUGAUCUCAUUCCAGGGGUACAAGUUCCUCAGACAGUGCGAAUCGGGGCAAAAGACCAGAUGGUGGUGCGGUACACACAAUAACCGGGGGUGCCGAGCCAAUAUACAUACUAUCGGCUCUUCAAUUGUACGCUUCAAGAAUGUUCAUAACCACCCACCUACGGUUGGCGUGACACCGAAUUAUGGGAACAACUAUGUUUAUCAGAAGUGA